CAUUCUAUAAUUAUUAUAAGCAAAAUCAGGAGGAGGGUAUGUACUUAGUCUAUGUCUCUGCUGCAGGCGAGCUGGUGAAAAUGCCGCCAGAGAUAGAGGGAGUAGUUGCUAAGUACCCUGAUCUAUUUGAAGAGCCGACAGGAGUUGUUGAGAGGGAGGUCGUCCACGCGAUAGAGAUUAUCCCAGGGUCUAGUAUUCCAAGGGGUAGGAUCUAUCGGAUGUCACCAGGCGAGCUUGAUGAUCUUCGCCGCCAACUCAAGGAACCCGUAGAGAAGGGUUGGAUCCGGCCGAGUGUCUCUCCUUAUGGGUCUCCAGUUUUAUUCGUGCCUAAGAAGGAGGGAACUCUAAGGAUGUGCAUUGACUAUAGGGGCCUCAAUGCCAUCACGGUGAAGAACAGAGAGCCCCUACCGCGCAUCGAUGAUCUGUUAGAUAGAGUGCAAGGGUGUCGGUACUUCAAUAAAAUAGAUCUGAAGUCCGGGUACCAUCAGAUUGCAAUCCGGCCCGAGGAUCAACUCAAAACCGCAUUUCAGACCAGGUACGGUCUAUACGAGUUUGUGGUGAUGCCUUUUGGUCUUUGCAAUGCUCCUGGCACCUUUCAGCACGCUAUGAAUCGAAUAUUCCAUGACUACUUGGAUAAGUUUGUCGUCGUGUACCUCGAUGACAUACUUAUUUUUAGUAAGACUGUCGAGGAACACGUAGCACACUUAGACAAAGUUCUCAGUCUCCUGCGACAACACCAGUUCAAGAUCAACGGUGAAAAGUGCGAGUUUGGCCGCACCCGUAUCUUGUACUUAGGUCAUGAGAUCUCCGCGGAAGGGUUGAAGCCCGAUGACGCGAAGGUGGUCAGCAUUCGUGAUUGGCCACGUCCUCAGUCUGUGACUGAGAUGAGAUCUUUCUUAGGAAUGACAGGCUACUAUAGGACUUUCGUUAAAACCUAUAGCAUUGUGGCCGCUCCUUUGACCGAUCUGACCCGCCUUGACACCCCUUGGGAGUGGACAGAUGAGUGCGAGGCUGCUUUCARACAUCUGAAGCAUGCAUUGACGCACUAUGAAGUCUUGAAGCUACCUGAUCCUGAUAAGCCAUUUAUAUCAACCACGGAUGCUAGCCAAUAUGGCAUUGGCGCCGUGCUUGCGCAGCAGGAGGGGCCAAAGUUGAGGCCAGUAGAGUACAUGUCCAAGAAAAUGUCGUCUCAGAAGUUGGCUAAGUCCACUUAUGAGAAGGAACUCUGUGCGGUGUACAAGGCUCUCACCCAUUGGAGACACUACCUCCUUGGGCGGUUCUUCAUCCUCUGGACUGAUCAUCAGACCCUGAGAUGGAUGAGAACACAGCCGGUACUCUCUGACGCUCUCAAGCGUUGGAUCGAAGUCAUUGAGCAAUAUGACUUUGACCCUAAGUAUCUCAAAGGGGAGUACAACAAGGUUGCGGAUGCCUUGUCGCGCAGACCGGACUUUUCAGGUGCGCUGAUUACUGAGUUCGACCUGACGGACGAUGUUACUCAAUCUUUGGCAGAAGCCUAUCGUCAGGACCAGUUUAUGUCUGAGAUCAUACGCAGACUUGAGGCGAAGGAUAAAAAGACCUCCGCCGAGUUUGAGUUGGUCAAUGGAUUGCUGUUCCUAGAGAAGGCAGGGAAUAAACGCUUGUGCGUUCCAAAUAGCGAGUCUUUGCGUAGUUUGUUUUUAGGAGAGUGUCAUGAUGCCACCGGCCAUUUUGGGUACAAGAAGACCGCAGCCAACUUGUUGCAGCGGUUCUGGUGGCCAACGAUGAUGAAAGAUGCACAGCUGUACGUGGAAACUUGUCAAGUAUGCCAGAGAAACAAGCCCCGUACUCAGGCUCCUCUUGGGCUGCUYAAGCCCCUUCCGAUUCCGGAAAGGCCGGGUGAAAGUUUAUCCAUGGACUUCAUGGAUACGCUGGUCACCAGCAAGAGUGGGAUGAGACAGACCUUUGUCAUCGUGGAUAGGUUUAGUAAGUUUGYUAGAUUAAUAGCUAUGCCAGAAACAGCAAAGACCGAAUACGUGAUCAGGCUAUUUAAAGAAAACUGGGUUAGAGACUUUGGACUGCCGAAGUCUAUAGUCAGUGACAGGGACGUCAGGUUCACGAGUGAAUUAUGGAAGGCCGCUGCAGCUGAACAAGGAACUCGACUGCAGAUGACCUCUGGAAAUCAUCCAGAAGCUAAUGGCCAGGCUGAACAAAUGAACCGCGCUGUGCAACACCUGUUCAGGCACUACAUCAAGCCCAAUCAGGUAGACUGGGACGAAAAGCUUGCUCUAGUCGCUAUCAAUCCCCAAUAACAGGGCAAUCAAUGCUGGCAGGCUCU